AUGGCUACGAAAGCCUCUCAAUCAAGGUCAGGCCUCGCUUCUACUUCCACGAUGUCACAUAAGGGUAUCACUCAGCAACAGAGACCCAGUGGUAUGAGCCUAUCCACAUCCAGGCUUUCUCAUGAUCCUACCGGGAACAAGUCCCGGAAUUUUUACAUGCCUGGUGCUUCUCGGUCGCGUGUCCGUCAGGACCGCAACGCCUCUGCCACUAGCGUUCAUUCGGGUGCGGCGUCUGGACGCCGUCGUCGCUUCAAUGAUACCCGUGAAAUUGAUGUACUAAUUAGUGAGAUGUCUGCUGCUUCUCGCAAAGGGGGGCUUGGAUCACCGUACGGUUCCAUGUCAUUUGCACCUUCAACGGAUUCAUUUGCCAACGGUGGCCCUGCGGGAUAUACCUCACCCUACAUCCCUGGUUCUCCCACGGCAAUGAGUCAAACAAGUUUGCGUGGUCCGAGUCGCGCACGUUUUGGUCGCCCAGGUGCACUGUCCUCUCUUUCUCAAACGGAUGUGACGGGUAUCUCAAAAAUCUCGAAGAGCGAAUCGGGCUUAUGUCGCAUCACUAUACCAGAGGGUAUGGGCAUCGGUGUCACAGAUAGCCCUUACCCCAUUUUUACUCCCCCAGGUGAUAUCGACCCUAUGAAGGAGGGAAACGCUCUGCGCGGCCCGGCCAUGACGAGCAACCCUGACCUGCUGCUGGAUUCUGAGAUGUUUGCUCUUGGCCGUCCACAAGUCCCAACCCAGUCUUCCAAUUCUGCGAAUCAAGGUCAAGAAUCCAACCAAUCCGGUCUCUUGCCGGGGUCCAAGCCAUCUGUGAGGGGGACCUUGUCUGACUCGCAGACGCCUGUCAGUUCUGUCUCACCUAACCCAGGCAAGCCCCAAUCUCCGGCUCUUUCCCAAUCUGUCAAGGAUACUGCCGACGAUGCUUUGCCGCUAACUCAGUCCCCGCACACAUCAAUUGCCCAGCCCCCCAAGCAGCCUGGCCCUGUUUCGACACCUCCCAGACCUUCAGCUACUUCGCAGCCAAACCGGGCCACAUCGACACCGGCACGUAAGCCGGACUCGUCGAAGCCUCCUACAACUCCUGGCAGGUACUUUGGCUUUCGUCAACCCUCGCAGCCAGAACAGAAUCCAACAACCUCAAAUGGCGACGAAAACAAGCGCAAAGGUCUUUUUAGUGGCUUUUUUAGGAGAAUCAAGACGCCAUCAAAGUCCAAGCCGCCUCCUAAGAUGCAUCCUAAAAAUCAAACACCUUCAAAGUCCGGACAGAUGGGUGCAUCAAAUGUACCGAGUAACCCCUCAAUAACCAACAAAGUCGAACCCAACGCUGCACCGGUGAAGUCCAAAUCUAUCGGCGAGGCAAAAGAACCUAUGCAGAUUCCUAAAACUACUGGCAUCUCCACGCAAGAUUCCACAGUCCAGCCUUCGACGCCAUCUCCCGCUCCUCAUGCUUCCAAUGGAUCUGGACCGCCGGCCUCGCCCAAAGUGCCAUUUGCAUUCUCAACUGCACCUAAUGCUCCCGCAUCGCAGGCACCCAAGACGAACAUGCCAGCUACAUCCGAACCACUUGGUGAGCGGACUGUUAUAUACUCUGGCGGCGCUGUUCCCAGAUCGUCCACACCACCCAAACCGAGUGCUGCGCCUGAAGUCGCACCGCACUUUUCGGACACUGCACCCAAAUCUCCUGCACAAUCCAAUCUUCCGUCCGUCCAAACAAGUCAGAUUUGGUCGCCAGCAGCAUCGAAUGAGCUGACAGGUGCUGCUUCCACGUAUGCCGCACCUGAGGCGAGCCCAUCACCGUACGUUCGCCUUGCUUCGAGUUCUGAUGCAUCGGUUCCGUCGACUCAGUAUUUAUCUUACCGUCGCCCAUCCGCCAACGCAUCCAAUGCCUCACCUUACUUGGGAAUCAGCGAGCCGACCGGCUCAUAUGCUGUGGUACAGCCUGCUCCUGCUUCCUCUGUUUCGGCUACAAAGACUGUGCAGUCCACCCAAGCGCCUGUCUCAACUGCCCCGACUAUGUCCACGGCGACAUCAUCGAGCUAUGCGCCUGCGGAUGCACCUGUCUCGUCAUACCCGGACUGGUCAUCUUAUACGCCGUCUUCCACGUAUUACCAGUCGCCGCCAUCGAGGCCUGAUCCUGUGCAGACGAUACAGAACUCACAGCCCAAGAGUCCUGUGAACUCAUUCACCCGGCCGAAUGUAUCUACACUUCAGGCCCAACAUCCUAUCUAUACACAGACGUCGUCUGCUAGUGCUUCUUAUCCUCAGGCCGCUAUGAUUUCACGCAUGCCUUCUAGGCAAGGCAUGUCAUCAGAGUACCAGCAACAUCCGGCAUCAGCCUCGUCUCCAUCAACCAUGUUGCCUCCCCCGUCUUCCAACUAUACAAACCUUCCUUCCUACCUUUUCACGUCUGCAAGCGAGCAGCCAGUCAGUACAGCCGAUGCUGCUCCCCAUACGCAGCCCUUAAUGGCUCCUCCCACAACGAAAAUUUACUCCGCGCCUUCUCUAGACCUGUCUUCGCAUCCGUUAUCCCAGAAAACACCGACCUACUCCAGUACCUUACUUCUUCCCCAGGCACCAGCGUCUUCUGCCUCGUACUUGCACCAUGCUGGAUCGGGUCAGUCAAUGACCUCUACUGAUAAUACCUUUGCUGCGCCCUCUCGUGGGCAGGACACUGUAAUGUUGAGCAACGGUUCACAACUGCGCGAUGCUACACAGGGCUCUUCGCCCUUAAGUCGUGGCAGUGGUGGUUUGUACACUUAUCCGUCCAAAAGCAGCUCCUCCUAUGACUCUGCGACAGAGUACGGCGCUCCUUCGCCAACAGGUUAUCUGACGGCGUCUACACCUUCCUUGUGGCCGCUGGCUCCUAUUCAUUCCACUGUGAAUAACUCGGCGGAGCUUUCUCAUACUCAGGGCACGCUUCGGGACCAAGCUCAAUGGCAGGAUGAACCUCGACAAAACCAUGCCGUGCCUCCGCAUAUCAGUGAUGAUCCCACUCCUGCGUCCCAAACCGACGAUCUUUCUAGGGUAUCCAAGCAUUCUUCAGAGCUAGAUGGUAGCAAGGGCACCGGCCUGAACCUAUCACCGUCUCUACAAGCCCUCGUGAGUCUGUCCCUGGCUGAUGAACCACAAUUCACCGCGGAUGUAGAUGUCUUGGGCUAA